AUGCCAGUCUACCGCGAAAGCCCAACGCCAGCUAUUGAGACCCUUCUGAGCAUAUGGUGGUCUGCAGAAAAAGACGUGACACGAAAUGCGUUGUCUACAUGUAUAGAAAGAGUCAUGGCCCUAACCUUGAUGAUACAUGAUCUGAAAGCCCAGCCAGACCUUUACAUCAACAUGGACGCCGAAACAGUUGAUGAUGCACGCGAUCUCAUCACCAUUGUUUCGUUCCUACUCUGCGGGCCAUUGUACGGCAUUCUAACAGCUCUGAGACGCAAGGCGGAGACCCAUACAUAUAAGCGAACCUUCGAUAGACCGGGUCACUUUUGGCAGACGCUGGAGAUUCUGGAGAGUAUCCUUGUCUCAGGACGUAGGAAACCGGUCACGAUUACACCAAUUGUUCCAAUUGAGCUGCUUAUGAGACUUGUAACAGCCCGUAAGAAAUGGGAUAGCCUUGAAUACCGGAAUCUCAAUAUAGCCAAGUCUCGAGGUCUCAGUGCUGGCCUGCCUAAAACCACCUUCCCCUGCAUAGGUGCCAUGCCGAACAGCGAUCGAGUAUACAUCAUUUCUACUUCGGCAGACCAUUGGCGUCUUUUCGGGAAGCUCAAUGACUUUGUCUUGAACCUACGCCAUAGCCGUCGUAAGGGCAUAACUAAUGCCGUUCAUGGAGGAGGAAAGGAUGCCAAAUUAGUUAAAGAAUGGAGUGAAGCUCUUGAGAGCCGGCGCAAGCGCAGCGAAGAGAAGAAUCAGAAGAUGGAACCGCUCGCAAGUCUUAUUGAAAACCCACCGGGUUAUUUCUCUCAUUUGCACGACGUCGCAACACCCUUUGAAUACCCCUCUUUCGAGCUCAAGGCUCGUUGUACCCGCUGUCAGGUACUCUUUAGAUACGAAGUCCCCGAUAACGUCAAGGUAAAAGAGAAAGUUGAGUCACAUAAAAUACAUCUUGGUUUCACCUGUGCAGAGACCUACGCUCACUUCUUUUGCCGAGCUUUAGAGCAACAGGCGCACGCGGUUACAGAAAGCAUUCACCUCGCUUCUACGGAGUUCUGA